AGUUGACGCUUCCAAGAUGGCACUGAAAGUAAGUCUUUUUUUCCAAAUCUAUGUUUUGAUUAAAAACUAAAAAUUACUGUUGUUAUUUAUUAAGUUUUAUUAUGAUAUUUAUUUGCGGACCACAAGAUCUGAUACCCUACAGUUUCAUUAAUAUGGAGGAGUGAAAGGCUCUUUAUUAGCAUCAACAAUUUGAUGUAAUUAUUUUCGAUGUAAUUGUUUACCCCAUUGAAACAGCCGUAGAAGUUUUUAAGUUAUGAUAUUUUUUUUUCAAAAAUGUUAAACUUUAAAUGACUCUCCUGUAAAGCUGUAAAAAUGUCGCUUAACACUCGGUCAUCCCUCAAAAUGGUCCACUCUGGAAACUGUUUUCAAGGCAAAUUUUCGAAAUGAUGAUCAUAGUUAUCUGACUCGACGGUACAGUAGCUGGCAGCCUAGCUGUCAGGUCGAAUAUUUUGGUUUCGAGUCGGACAUUGAGCAAAAAUUCUAGUGUGACAAAUUGGCUCUCAUUGCGUAAUAUACAUAUAUGUAUAUUUAAAACUUAUGUACAUUACACAUGUGUUUCCCGAGCGCUAUGACAUGUCCUUCUUCAAACGAGGCUUGUGGAGAGUAUUAAGCGGUAGGCAGCGGCUUGGCUCUGCCCCUAGAGCAUUGCCCCCCUGGCAUUGCUGAAGUCCAUGGGCAACGGUAACCACUCACCAUCAGGUGGGCCGUAUGCCCGUCUGCCUACAAAGGCAAUAAAAAAAAAAAAGAACAUGAGUAUGUAUUUCAGUCUCUAGUUUAUAUAUAGAGGUAAUCCUAGUUUGGGACCAAAUGAUAUCCUUUAUUACCGAUUCUUACCGUCAUUAUUAAUUUUAAAGUGGUUAUCGAAAUCACAGACAACACUACCUCAAAGCCCAUAACACAGCCACAUUCUAACCUUACCUAGCCGAUGAUAAAUAAAAUUAGUGAUCGUUUAUACAUAUUUAAAUUAAAUGUCAAUAUCCCGCGAUAAUUAAACUUUAUAUAUAACAUUCCUCUUCAACGACUCAUAUAAUCAACUCAGUCAACUGUCGAUAACUUCAUAACAUGUAUAAUUUAUCUUUUCAGAUUACUUGCUCUAUUUUGGCUGUACUUGCAGUAGCACAAGCCUUCCCUCAUGGCAGUAGCGAUGUUGAUGGAAGCGGUGAAGUCGAAGCUGUAGCAGGAACUCUAAAAAAAGGCUUUGGUUUUGGAGGAUACGACAAUUCUGGUUUUGGUCAUAGCGGCUUCGGCAGUUUUGGUCAUGAUUCCGGAUUUGGCGGCUUUGGAAAUCGCAACCCUGGAUUCGAUAGUUUCGGUCGUGACUCUGGGUUCGGUGGCUUUGGACGUGACUCCGGAUUCGGAAGCUUCGGACACGAUUCUGGAUUUGGACACCACGACUCUGGAUUCGGUAGCUUCGGGCAUGACUCCGGAUUUGGACACCAUGACUCCGGAUUUGGACACCAUGAUUCCGGAUUUGGACACCAUGACUCCGGAUUUGGACACCACGACUCCGGAUUCGGUAGCUUUGGUGACUCCGCGCUCGACAGUUUUGGCAAAGACAAUGCCGGACACGUAAAGGAUAUUUCCAGUUUAGCAGACCAUGGUAUAGACGAAGAUAAAAUCGAAAAGGGCCUUGAAGGCAUUGCCACUUCAUUGGGUGGUAUCGGCACUGCCAUUGGUGGUGCCCUCACCUCAAAUAUCGCAAAUGGCCUCAGACACUGAUCUAGGCAUGUCAACACAAUUUGUUUAACAGCUUAGAGCUCACGUGUUGUAUAAACAAUGUUGUAUAAUAAAUUUAAUUUUAAAAUGUA